AUGCAGCUCCAUGGGCAUUCCAAUUCUUAUGCGGUGAUUGGGAGCUAUGGGACCACAUCUGACGACGAUACGUCUGACGACAGCGAUAGUAACUUAGAGCCGGGUCUGGACUGCGUUGCCCCAACACGAACAUACAAGCAGUGGAGGGUUGAAACGAGUGAACUGACGAGCAUCGGAUCCUGUUUUGAUAUCUGGUGGGCAUACGAGUCGAACAUAAGUCAAGAUUAUUUUCUAACACACUCCAGUGCAAUUUGUUUGGAAUCCUUUUUGGACGAGGACCGAAUUCUGCGUUUACAAUGCGACCAUAUCUUUCAUUCCAGUUGCUUUGGUCAAUGGUUCUUUAGCCACGACACCUGUCCUAUAUGUAAAUCAUGGAUCACAGCUGAAAAUUUCACUGUAACAUGACUGCGUCAGCCAUUUAAGUCGUGGUAAAGGCACUUAGAACGCUCCCGCACAACUUGAUU